AUGAGCUCUAAAGCGGUCAAAACUAUCUUGAUGUGCAAUCCUACUUAUUUUCAAGUACGUUUGAAAGAAUUAAUUGUUAAAACCGUACGGCAAUUAUUUUUCCAUUAGGUUUAGAAACGUUAGGUUAAGUUUAACUUAAGUAAACAACGAAAUUUAUGCCUAAAAAUUGGACAACAUUUAUUUAAAAAAAUAUAUUACAGAUUAAGAGCUAUUUUCAUGCAUUUUUAAAAUUUUAUUUAUUAGUAAAAGUAAAAGGUAUUUUGUUACAAAAAACAUAGGUGUUAAAUUUUUAUAGGUCAAAUACUCAAUAAACCCUUGGAUGAAAAUAAACCAACCGGUUGAUGUUCCAAAAGCCAAAAAACAAUGGACAGCAUUGAAAGAUGCAAUUGAAAAAGCCGGGGCUGAAGUAAAAGUCAUGGAACCUCACGUAAUUAAACACUUUUUUUAAAAAUUUAAUUAUUUUAAUAUUUCUAUUUACUAAUAGAAAACUUAGUUAAAUAUCGUAUUUUAAUUUUAGUUUUUUAAAUUUUAAAAUGAACUUUGAAAUUUAGGGUGCCGAACAGUAUCCCGACUUGGUGUUUACAGCGAACGCUGCUACGGUACGUGGCAAAACUGCGUAUCUUGCCAAUUUCUUUUACCCGGAACGGCAAGGAGAACGUUACUUCUACAACAAGUGGUUUAGCGAUAAUGGCUACACAACAACUGGCUCUUUAGACAUACCAUUUGAAGGCACUGGUGACGCUUUAUGGGCUGGAUUCAAACGCGACAAACUGAUUUGUGGCGUUGGACCUCGUACUGACGUCAGAGCACUUGAUCAGUUAAAAACAGACUUAAGUGUAAAUAGCAAUGCUGAAUUUAAGACGGUUGGAAUGAGGUUGAUUGAUCCUAGGUAAGUUAUACAUGCUUUUUAUGAGUAUAGGUUGUAAACAUAAAAUAUUGUAAAUUGAUACGAUAAAGGUAUUAUAGAUAUAGUCAUUAUUUAUUUAAAUUAGCAUAAAAUAAGACUUUUUUUAGGUUUUAUCACAUUGAUACCUGCUUGUGCCCUUUAAACGGUGACUUGGGUAUAUACUACCCUUACGCAUUUGACCCUAUUUCACGACAUAAUUUAAAGAAUGAGCUUGAACUGAUUCCAGUUAGUCACGAUGAUGCUAGUAGAUUUGCAUGUAACGCAGUUGUUGUUGGUAAAACGGUAAUUAUGAACGAAGGAUCUGAGUUGAUUGCUCGUGAUCUUCAAAAGUUUGGAUACGACACUGUUUUUGUCAACAUGUCAGAGUUUCUGAAGAGCGGCGGUUCGUGCAAGUGUUGCACUUUAGAAAUAUAA